CAGGAGAGAUCAGAGAGUUCGCAUAAGCCUGCGAGAGAGAGAGAGAGAGAGGUAUAUUCUCUCUUACUCUUUCCAAAUGCCAUUGAAUACUAUGCUAUCUCUUGCUUCUCUUCAGCUUCCUCAUCAUCCCCACCUCUUCUUUGACCAUUUACAGAAGACCCAUCUGCGGAAAACUACAAUUUAUACACAAAACCGAUGUGACCAGGCAACUACCUCUCUUGCUCGAUUGUCCACUACUUCAAAUGCUUACCCAGUCGACAGCAGCAAAUCUUCUCUUGCUUGUCUCAAACCCCUUCAAGCAAUUCUAUUUGAUAUUGAUGGAACGCUCUGUGAUUCAGACCCUAUCCAUUAUAAUGCCUUCCGUGAAAUGCUUCAAGAGAUAGGUUUCAAUGGUGGAAUCCCCAUUACUGAGGAAUUCUUCAGUAAGAACAUCAGUGGCAAGCAUAAUGAAACUCUCUGUCGUGUCCUCCUUCCUGAUUGGGAUCUCCCAAGAGCACGGAAAUUUAUGGAAGAUAAAGAAGACAUGUUUCGGAGGUUGGCAUCUGAACAGCUAAAACCUGUUAGAGGCCUGCACAAGAUGCGCAAAUGGAUUGAAGAACGCGGGUUGAAACGAGCUGCGGUGACAAGUGCGCCAAGGCCAAAUGCAGAGCUCUUAAUCUCAAUGUUGGGGCUCUCGGAUUUCUUUGAAAUUAUUAUCCUUGGAGAUGAAUGUGAACGGCAGAAACCUUUCCCUGACUCCUACUUGAAGGCUCUCCAAGCACUUCAAGUGUCAAAUAAGCACGCUUUCGUGUUUGAGGAUUCGGUUUCUGGGGUGAAAGCCGGGGUAGCAGCUGGGAUGCCUGUAGUGGGCAUGGGUUUAAGAAACCCUGAAAAGUUUUUGACAGCAGCUGGAACCUCUUUUGUUAUUAAGGAUUUCGAUGACCCGAAGUUAUGGACAUCAUUGAAAGAGUUGGGUAACAAGGAAGAAUAGUAUUAACAGUAAGAAGUUGAAACAAUAGAAGAACUUGCACAUUAAGAAAUAAGUGGCACUGAUGGAAGAGUUUUAGUAGCCAUUCAUUAUUUCAAAUUCACUCAUUGAAGCGUUUGGACAUCCCAAUGGAGUUAAUCCAUCAUACUUGUUUUGUUUGAAUGAAUCAAUUUUUUUUUUCCUUCUCUCUUUCAUUUCGGCACCACUUCAAAUAAAUCUUCGUUUCUUCCAGGCACGAAAAGAAUUUCAUUGUACUAAAAGGGAAAAAAAAAUCGAGAAAAACAAAAACAACGAGAAUGAGAUUUUCCCUGUAUUUUUCUUUUUAGUGUGCUUUGUAGCUUUAUUUGUAUUUUGUUGCUUGUGUAUUGUAAGUUGCUGUCUUCUAGCUCUUUGGCAAUUUGAUUUUUUUUUGGUAAAGACUUUUGUAACUGGAUUAGGGUUGGUACUUGGUACCUCUCUACGCUUCAAUUCCUACUUCGGAUUAUG